CUGUGCCGGGUGGUGGGGGGCUCCCUGAGAGGGAAAUCUGAGGGUUCCCUGUGUGUCUGUGCCGGGUGGGUCCUGAGGGCCCUGGGCUCACUCCCGUCUCUCUCCCUGCAGCGAUGACCACUUAGGCGGCAGCUGAGAGAUGGAGCGCUUCAUUGACUCAGGGACACAGACAGAGGCCGUGGUGGUGCUGUCCUUGGCGCAGGCCGCGGUGUUGGGGCUCGUCUCCGAGAAUGAGCUCUUUGGUGCUACCAUAAGCCCCGAGGCCUUCUACCCAGUGCUGGGCCAUGAGCUGUCCGACACAGCGGCCGUGGAGCCCGAGCCCCCUGACAAUGACUACCAGCUGGAGUGUGCGGGGGGCGCCCCAGGAGAGCCGCCCGAGGAGGAGGUGCUGGAGGUGGGGGCAGCCUUUGAGAAGCACACCCGAAGAAGGAAACGCCCCCCGGUGAGGCUGGUGCCCAAAGUCAAGUACGAGGAGAUGGAAGACGACGAGGAGGAGGACGUGUUCGAGGUGUCCGUCCCCGCCGAUGACAGGCAGGAGGCCCCUGGGGAGCCUCCAGAGGAGGCGGGCUGCGAGGGCCUGGUCCAGAGCAGCUCCGUCAAGAUGAUUGAUCUCAGCUCCUUUGGCAGAAAGUCCCGCCGUCACCUGGCCCGCACUCCUCGGCAGCCGGAGCUGGACAGCGGCGCCGCCUACCACGCCCAUUUUGCAGACUCCACCCCUGACUACUCCGAGCCCAACAUGGUGCUGACGCGGGCGGCCUCCGAAGCCAUGCACCAGGAGUGCGGGUUCGAGCCCCACCUGACAUCCUUGAGCGAUGCCGAGGCCCCCGCGCCCGAGUCCCCAGAGCCCGUGAAGAGUGACCAGGGCUUCGUGUGGCAGGACCCCGGCGAGUUCGAGGCAGACCCCGCCGGCUCCACCGCGGACCACCACAAGAAGGCCCAGCUGGACCGGCUGGACAUCAAUGUCCAGAUCGACGACUCGUACCUGGUGGAGGCCGGGGACCGGCAGAAGCGCUGGCAGUGCCGCAUGUGCGAGAAGUCGUACACCUCCAAGUACAACCUGGUGACGCACAUCCUGGGCCACAACGGCAUCAAGCCGCACUCGUGCCCGCACUGCAGCAAGCUCUUCAAGCAGCCCAGCCACCUGCAGACGCACCUGCUCACGCACCAGGGCACGCGGCCGCACAAGUGCGAGGUGUGCCACAAGGCCUUCACGCAGACCAGCCACCUCAAGCGCCACAUGCUGCUGCACAGCGACAUCAAGCCCUACAGCUGCCACUUCUGCGGCAGGGGCUUCGCCUACCCCAGCGAGCUCAAGGCCCACGAGGUGAAGCACGAGAACGGCCGCUGCCACGUGUGCGUGGAGUGCGGCCUCGAUUUCUCCACCCUGACCCAGCUCAAGAGGCACCUGGCCACGCACCAGGGCCCCACGCUCUACCAGUGCCUGGAGUGCAACAAGUCCUUCCACUACCGCAGCCAGCUGCAGAACCACAUGCUCAAGCACCAGAACGUGCGGCCCUUCGUGUGCACCGAGUGCGGCAUGGAGUUCAGCCAGAUCCACCACCUCAAGCAGCACUCGCUCACCCACAAGGGAGUAAAAGAGUUCAAGUGCGAGGUGUGUGGCCGAGAGUUCACCCUGCAAGCCAACAUGAAGCGGCACAUGCUCAUCCACACCAGCGUCCGGCCGUACCAGUGCCACAUCUGCUUUAAGACCUUUGUUCAGAAGCAGACCCUCAAGACCCACAUGAUCGUGCACUCCCCCGUGAAGCCCUUCAAAUGCAAGGUCUGUGGGAAAUCCUUCAACCGCAUGUAUAACCUGCUGGGCCACAUGCACCUGCACGCCGGCAGCAAGCCCUUCAAGUGUCCCUACUGCUCCAGCAAGUUCAACCUGAAGGGCAACCUCAGCCGCCACAUGAAGGUCAAGCACGGCGUCAUGGACAUCAGCCUGGAUAGCCAAGAUCCCAUGAUGGAGCUGACCGGUGCAGACCACUCGGAGCUCGACGGUCCGCAGGAGAUGGAAGACUAUGAAGAGAACUCCUUUGACUACAGCGGGGUAGAGAACGGCGCCGACGACAGUGCACUGACUGAGCAGGCCAUGAAGGAAAUGGCCUAUUACAAUGUAUUAUAG